GUUUUUACUUUUGAAUUUUGAUUGAAAGACGAGUCUGUGUCUAGAUGUUUAUGCUAAAAUGUCUGUUUGUUGUUUCUAAGACUGUUCAGAAGCUAUGGAUACGGACAUUAUUUUCAGGGCUGUGUGUGUAAAAUAUGGAUCGUGAAGCUGAACAGGACUCCUCUAAAUGUGGAAGCUUGAGAGCUCUCAGCUGCUGGGGCAGGUUCUGUUGUGGUCCACAGAAUCUCACAUUGAAAGAUGUGUUUACAUGGCAGCUCUUCAAAACUAUUGCAAUGGGUCAAGCCCUGUCCAUGUUGAUAUGUGGGACAGCAGUCACUUGUCAGUUUCUGGCAGAUGCUGGCGUAGGGACACCAAUGCUGCAAAGCUUCCUCAAUUACACCCUGCUGCUGCUCACCUAUACUUUAGCCCUGGCCUUCAGGAAAGGGGAAAGCAAUAUUUUUCCAAUUCUAAAAACAAAGUGGUGGAAGUAUUUACUGGUGGCUUUUGCGGAUGUGGAAGCCAACUACACAGUUGUGAAGGCAUACCAGUUCACUACCCUUACAAGUAUACAGCUGCUGGACUGCUUUGUAAUCCCAGUUCUGAUGGUGCUCUCAUGGAUCUUCUUGAAGACUCGCUAUAGGACUUCGCAUUUUGUAGCUGUGGCUGUGUGCUUGCUUGGGGUUGGGGCAAUGGUGGGAGCAGAUCUUCUGGCUGGAAGAGAUCAAGGCUCAAGUAGUAAUGUAUUCUUGGGGGAUGGAUUAGUGUUGGUCAGUGCUGCUCUGUAUGCUCUGUCUAAUCUCUGUCAGGAAUACACAGUGAAAAAUCUGAGUAGGGUGGAGUUCUUGGGCAUGAUGGGACUGUUUGGCACCAUCAUCAGCAGUGUGCAGAUGGCUAUAUUUGAAUACAAAGCUAUACCUGCCAUCAGUUGGGACUGCAGAAUAUGCAUGCUCUUUGCUGCUUAUACCCUGUGCAUGUAUGGGCUGUACAGUUUCAUGCCUGUAGUGGUGAAGAUGACGAGUGCCACAGCAGUAAACCUCUCCUUACUGACUGCCGACCUCUUCAGUCUCUUCUGUGGCAUGUUCCUCUUUCUCUUCAAUUUCUCAGGCCUGUAUAUUGUGUCUUUUGUGGUGAUUACCCUUGGUUUCAUCAUGUUCAACAUUGUACCGAUCUACACAGCAGACCAGUCAAAUUCAAUCAUUAAUGGGGCAUACCAUCUUGCUUCAUCUGCGACUACCAAACAAGAUGGAGACAUUGCUGUAGACUGGCUGCAGAAGGAAGGACAUCGGACAGAGUGCUGUCCCAUAGAACCUUGCAAUGGACUCUGUACUCUGACAUAAACUCUACAAUGUAGACAUUCUAUUAUUGUUUGUUUGCCAAAGGCAGUGUUUGAUCAAUUAUUUGUCAUGGAUUUUAAAUGCACUUAAUGUACCUUCACACUUUUUUUAUUUUAUUUACUCUUUUAUGUUUAAAUGUUAUUGAGUUGCAAAGAGUGGCCGAGGUUCAAAGAGGGGGCACAAAAGUUAUUCCAAUACAGAUGAAAAAGAAAGAAUUAAUGUAACCAAGUUAGGGUGUGAAGAUCCAUUUAGCCCUAACAAUGACAAAAGAAAAAGGAUCUGCACUAUUUUUUUCACCUUUUAGACAUUUUAUUUUUUCUCACCAGUCAGGGGACACAUGUUUCGGCCUCACGACCUUCCUACCUCACCUGACUGGUGAGAAAAAAUAAAAUUACAAAAAGUUGAAAAAAGGUGUGUGAAUCAAAUUUACCUUAGACCACUCAAGGUGCUUGUCCAUUGUUUUUGUUUUUAGAAGGAAAACGGUUACUAGUGAUGCUGCAUCCAGCAUCUUCCAAUGUCUUAUUUAUUUUUGGGCCCCCCUGAAUGAACAAACCACCUAGUGAACAAAUCACAAUUGGAAAAACUUGCAUUUCCAUUUUUUUAUUUUAUUGUUAUGGAAUAACCGGCAAUGUUGGUCAAAUAAUGUAAGUUUUGUAGGUCACGUAUUCUACUUGUUACUUUCAUUUACAGUUUUCAUGUGCGUGUGCGUGUGUGCGUGUGCGCGUGUGGCGUGUGUGUGUGUGUGUGUGUGUGUGUAUAUAUAUACACACACACACGCACACACGUUUAAGUCAUUCUGAGCAUGUAACUCAAAGGUGAAAUCCAACAAUUUUUCAACAUCAGGAUCAUAAUAUCUUGACAAAAUCAACAAGAUAUUUAUAAAUUUACAGUGUCUGAAUAAAACAAGUAAUAAUGUAACAGGAAAGUCCCUAUGAUUUGAAGAUCAACCCAAGGUUUUUUUUUUUUUUUUUACAACAAAGACCAGAAUUGCAGAUUUCAUGGCUUUUCUAUCAGGAAGACACGCAGGCUUGAGUGAGGUUUAAGAUGCCAUUUAUUUAAUGAAUGUGAAACAGAAAAGUAAUGUCUCUCUUUGGCGUAGGCCCCGUCUGGCGGUCUGAGGGAGUUGUACUCGGAACUGUCAUAUCCUGCCGGAGAUAGGAGGCAGGGGCGAGGAGCCUACCCCCCGUGUGGGACAGGGCUCAACUGGGGGUGGUGGAGGUUGCUGUGUUAGCACACUGAAACAACAAUGUGAUAGAUUGUGAGCAGACUUAAUUCCUAUUGGCUAGGAAUUACCCAGCUAAUGGUGUGAUGAUGAACAGCUGCUAGUCUUCCCGAUAGAACUACCGGUACGCUGCGCUUACAUUUCUGUUAGUAAAUAAAUAAACCAGAACG